AUGCACGCCUUGGUGUCUGACAUUGAUCACUAUAAUGAAUAUGUGCCAUGGUGCACUGCAUCUCGCACUCUUUAUCGAUCUCCGUCCGUAUCUGCAACUCACACACUCACUGCUGAACUUCAGGUGGGGUUCCAAGCUUUCAGUGAGUCCUACAUAUCAACCGUCACUGUGACUUCACCCACAUCUGUUCGUGCAGUUGCGUCGGAUUCGGCCAUGUUCAAAACUCUCAUCAACGAGUGGAAGUUUAUACCCAUUUCUCAAUUACAUCCACAUGCAUCCAAAUCCUCAUUAUCAUCAGACGAGCGAUCGUGUAUUGUUGAUUUUUAUGUCGCAUUCGAGUUUAGGAAUGCCAUCUAUGCCCAAGCAUCCAAGCUAUUUCUUGACGAAGUAAGCAAAUCAAUGGUUACGGCUUUUGCUGAUAGGGCAAGAGUGGUAUAUGGGUCACCAGCACGCGCAUCUAUCAAGUUAUCAUAG